CUUUAAACUAGAUCCAGAUGAAGUAGUGGAAUUACAGCAGCCAGAUCCUUUUUAUUUGAUGGUACCCAGGAUGAGUUAUUUUCCUUUAGAAUGGAAAGAUGAAAAUCGAAAUUUCUGUUCCGUGAAAAUAGCCCAACUAAAGGAACAAUUUAGAUUUUAGGCUCAAGGCACUUUAGGAAUAAUUAGCAUAUUUGUUUCCACAACGUUAUGAGCAAGCCAAACUUUUCAAAAGCACAAUUGCACGAACGAAACAAACGAAUGUUUAAAGCUGGCAAAGGGCACUAAAUUUUAGACAAAUGACUGACAAGAUAAGAAAACACUUUGUUAAGUACGUUGCGAAUGGCAAGCAAGAACAGGAAAUGUGGCUCAAAUGCAAUGGGCAACCAAUGAAAUGGCACCUUCCCAUCGGACUUCUGUACGAUCUUUUAAUUGACAGUGAAGAUGAGGCUUUGCCAUGGGUUAUCUCUGUACAUUUCGAUAAAUUUCCCGAUUCAAAAAUUUACAGAUUAAGUAAUAAAGAAACAGUGGAGUCCUACUUCAUGUCAUGCAUAAAGGAAGCAGACGUUUUGAAGCAUAAAACCCAAAUUGCUACUAAUAUGCAGAAAAAGGACCACACUCAACUUUGGCUGGGUCUGCAGAAUGAUAAAUUUGAUCAGUUUUGGGCCGUCAACAGGAAGCUGAUGGAAGUUUCAGGAGAAAGCGACCAUUUCAAAUACAUUCCCUUUAGAUGCUACCUUGAAGAUAGCUAUAAGCAAAAAUUGGUGAAACCAGUAGCUGAAGAUGGCAGCCGGAAAACACUGCAGCAUUUAUUAAAGGAAGUAUUUCCGGACAAGCCUAACGUAACUGUAAAAAUCCAUGGACUGAUUGUACCGCUGGACACACCUUUACAAUGGAUGUCGGAGCACUUAAGUUAUCCUGAUAACUUUCUACAUUUAUGUGUUGUGUAAAUGAUGAUAGCCAUAAUUAUUUACAUCCUGAGGACUUGAAACUGACAGAGUAGCGCAGCUGUUGGGAUGAAAACAUAUAUACAUUUAAAGGUUCACAUAAUCUGUAUUGUAAGAUUUGGAAAAGACGCAGAAGUGAAUAUAUUUUUUAAUCUCAAUGUGAAAAAAUGCACUGCAAUUAGAAUUUACAUCAACGCUUCUUGGAUUUUACAGAAAAAAACUUAGUUUAUUAGUAUUACGCUGACCACGACACGUCUUAUUAUUUUCUUGUAAAAGCGAAGACCCAUUAUAUAAAUAAAACUUGCUAACGUACUAAAUAAUAUUUAUUUCGUACGUUUCAAUUUAAAAGUUUUCAUCGGAUGUAAGUUCGGCAAAGCUCUCUGGUCUGAAAACAUAACCGUCAUGUAUCUAUCUAAUAAGAGUAUGCUCUCAAAGUCCAUUUGUUUGGUUUGUGCUAAUGACAAGUUUCAGUUACAGUCCAUUGUGAUAUUGUUAGAAAUUUAAAUAACAUUUAAUGUGUAGGUGCUUAAGUACUUUGAACAAAAUACAUUCUGGACUUCGUGCAGAUUUGUAGAUUCAAUUUCGUUUGUAUUUGCAUGCAAGAAGUCAAAGCCAUUGUACCUUUUGUAUUCAUUUAAUUAAACAGAAUUAUUCAAUAGCUUUAAA